AUGGAUGAGGAAUACGACGCGAUCGUCCUUGGAACCGGCCUUAAGGUGACUUUGACGUUUCGAUUUUUGCAUUUAAUGAUAAUCUUUUUAUUUUUUCAAUGCUUACGGUGUUUAGGGAACCUACUUUUGUACUGAUGAUUUAAAAUUUUUUGACAAAGUUGAAGGAAAUUUUUUGCUUCAAAACUGAUUUGGUUAGGUUUCAUGAAACCUUGUUAAGGUCUCAAAAGUUUUGCGGAUGAGAAAAAUGUCUUUUUUGAAGGAUACUCGAGAAAUUUAUUUGGAUUUUUUCCCUUUAUUGGAUUUUUUUCAAUGUCUUUGACAGUAUGGACAUUACAGCCUUUUUUUCCAAAUUUGUAAAAUUUUGAUUUUCUAGGCUUUUUCUUCAUAAGAAUGCUUUCAAAUCAUCUGGGAAUAUUUUUAGUGGCCACUGUAGAGGCUCGCCAAGAACUACUUGGAGAGAACACUAAAGUGGCCACCUAAAGUGCCCACUAAGACUACCCCUAUAGUGGCCAAUAUUUUCCGUUUAAGUGGCCACUUCAGUAGUUUUUCAUCCCGUAUUCCUUCCAGUAACUCUGAUAAUUUUAAAACAAACAGAUUGGACCAGUUAUCUUGAUCCAUUGACCCCUAAAGUGGCCAGUAAAAUUUUCAGUGAUCUAGUAGUAGCACUUAGACCUCUAUAGUGGCCAAUAAUUUUUAACCCCUUAAGGGUCCCCUAAUUUGACUACUAUAGUGGUCACUAAAACGUCAAAACCCUAUAGAGGCCACUAAAAAUUUUCCCAGAUAGAUAAAAAUGUUCGCUCCAAAUAGAUUCAAAAAUUUAAUCAAUGCUCCUUUAAAUCAAAAAAUAACCCACGAUGUCCCAGGAAUGCAUCAUCUCGGGAAUGCUGUCCGUGUCAGGCAAGAAGGUCCUCCACAUCGACCGCAACAACUACUACGGAGGAGAGUCGGCCUCCCUGACGCCCCUGGAGCAACUCUACGAGAAGUUCCACGGACCCAACGCCAAGCCGCAGCCGGAAAUGGGCCGCGGACGCGACUGGAACGUCGACCUCAUCCCCAAGUUCCUGAUGGCCAAUGGGGAACUCGUCAAGCUGCUCAUCCACACCGGCGUCACCCGCUACCUGGAGUUCAAGUCCAUCGAGGGGUCCUACGUCUACAAGGGCGGAAAGGUAAUCGAGAGCAUUCUUUUUUUGAAAAGGCCUAAAACAGUUUAGGAAGGCUUUUAUUCAAGUUUUUGGGCUUUGAUGGGUGGCUCAAGGAAUUUUCAGAACCCCCCACGCAAGUCCGAUCAAGCCCCCCACCAAGACAAAAAUUCGAUGGAAAAAUUCAAAAAAAUUAAAAAUAUAACGAUCUUAUCAAAAAAACGCGGUCUCCCUUCAAAUCGCGUCGAUACCCAUUAGCAAAUUAUUUCACUUACUGGUGGGAGCACGUUUAGACGGGGGUUUGAGGGGGCUCUUUCCUACACCAGUAUAGGAAGGGGGGCUUUUUUUCCUACACCAGUAUAGGAAGGGGGGGCUUUUUCCUACACCAGUAUGGAGGGGGCUUUUUUUCUACACCAGUAUGGGGGGCUUUUUUUCCUACACUCCUACACCAGUAUAGGGGGGCUCUUUCCUACACUAGUAUGAGAGGGGGGAGGCACUCUGGAAUGUACCCAAUAACUCAGAAAGGUAGGAGUCCCUAACAGCCAGAAAAACUGAACGUAGAAUCUGUCUCGCUUCAAAAACAUAAUGAUCCUCUUUCUCAUUCUCAGCUCUGCUCUUAUUGACCCAUUUUUGCAGAUCUACAAGGUGCCGGCCGAUGAGAUGGAGGCCCUGGCGACCAGCCUCAUGGGAAUGUUCGAGAAGCGUCGCUUCAAGAAGUUCCUCGUCUGGGUGCAGGCCUUCGACCGCAACAACAAGGAGACCUGGCAAGGACUCGACCCCGACAACAACACCAUGCAGCAGGUGUCUUCUUUGGCAAAAUCCGAGUUUUUGCGUUUUUAGAACGAAAUCUGUUGUAGAAGAAUCAGGUCGAAAUAUAUUUUUGAGAGUUCGUCAAAUUUUCCUUCUAUAUUUUUUUUUUCAAAUAGUCAAACAAUUAUGAAAAAUUCCACUUUUUCAAUUAGACCGCUUUUCGGGCCCGCCCCGGGCCAACCGGCUUUUUAAAGCUUCGCCCCGGGUCAUCCCGCAUUUUUAAGUACUCUCCCGGGACGACCCGUCCCGCAAGUUGCAAACGAAUAAAAAUGUAGAAUAUGGCGGAAAAAGUAAUGAAAAAAUAAUGGAAAAUGGCUGUUUGACAAAUGGACCGCUUUUCGGGCCCGCCCCGGGUAAACCCGCGUUUAAAAGCAUCGCCCCGAGCAAACCCGAAAGUUGAAAAUGAGUAAAUAGCGAAAAAAAACUGAUAAAAAGAAUAGAGAAAAAUGUUUUUUUAACGAUUAGACCGCUUUGCGGACCGGGUAGCCUCGGGCCAACCCGUUUUUUUUUGAGGAGCUUUGGUGUGAACUGUUUGCAUUUUGGUCAGGUGAUAAAAAUUAGAAAAAUAUUAUCCUACGAUCCUUCUAUCUUUAUUUCUAGCUUUUCUUUCCUUAUGGCCAUAACUCACUUCAAUACCUUUUCCAGGUGUACGACAAGUUCGGCCUGGACGAGAACACGGCCGACUUCACGGGACACGCUCUGGCGCUCCAUCGCGACGACGACUACAAGAACCAGCCGUUCGGGCCGACCAUCGACAUGGUCCGUCUCUACUCGGACUCUCUGGCCCGCUACGGAAAAUCUCCCUACUUGUAUCCGCUCUACGGACUCGGAGAGCUUCCUCAGGUGAGUAUCGAAGAAAUUUUUCAUUCAGAGGUAAAAAUAUUAAUCUGGGUUUGCGGUUUUGAGAGAUUUAUAUGAACAAUAACUUUUGAAUAAGGGGUUUUUAAUAAAGUUCACACAAGUACCCAUGAAGUUGGGAUGAGUAAGGAUGAUUUAAUAUUGAGAAAACUCGGAAAUGAGAGAAGUUUAAAGGUGCUAAAAAGUGUUUGAGGGAUAAUUUUGAAAAGGGAAAAAUUUUGGGAAUCAUUUUGAGCUUGAAGGAAAACAUCUAUAGAACAAUUUCGGAAAAAAAAAAUCUCUAGAACCUUUUUUGAGCUUGAAGAAAGAAUUUUCAACCGAUUUUUGGGAAGCUUUAUGAGUUAAAGUGUUUAUUUUUCUGGUUUUUCAGUUAUUUUUUUAUCGGUUCAAAGAAUUUUCUUAGCUUUUUAUAGUAGUAGAGGUUCUGAAUAACAUUAAAAAUUGUUUGAAUUUGAAAUUUUGCUUCAAGAUCUUGUCAAAUUUGUCUAUGACGUUUUUUUUCCUUUCAACUUUCAAAAAACAUUUUCUCAACCUGUAUGUCACGUUUAAAGUAGUUUCCUCGAAGAUCAAAUUUAUCUCUGACUCUCCGAAAUUAUAUUAACUUUUUCUUUCUCUGACGACCAUUUUAAACUUUUCGGAAUCCCUAUGGAGACGGCUUUAUCGAAAGAAACUCUGAAAAAUGUCCCCUUCCAGGGCUUCGCUCGCCUCUCGGCCAUCUACGGCGGCACCUACAUGCUGGACAAGCCGGUCGACAACAUCGUCAUCGAGAACGGCCGCGCCGUCGGCGUCAAAUGCGGCGAGGAGAUCGUCCGCGGCAAGCAGAUCUACUGCGACCCGUCCUACGCGCCCGAACGCGUCAAGAACGUCGGCAAGGUCGUCCGCGCCAUCUGCCUCCUCAACCAUCCGAUCCCCAACACGAACGACGCCCAGUCCUGCCAGAUCAUCAUCCCGCAGAAGCAAGUCGGACGUCACUAUGGUGAGCACUUUUGCCUUGGUCUUCCGAGAUGCGGACAGAUUUUUCACCUUGUUUAAAAAGUAUAUUCUCAAGAGCAUAGAGAAGUGAUAAAAUCCGUUUCGAAGUAGAUAUGUAUUUUUAGGGUUUAGAAUAAUUAUCUCAAAAAAUGUUCAAACUAGAAUUUUUUUUUUUCUCAAUGGUAAGAAGGCCGUGUAGAAGUUGACAUUGCAAUUUUAGCUUUACCACAAUUUUCGACACUUGAAGGCUGAAAAAGUGGCAAUUUAUGAGGUUCUUCAAGAACUACUUGAAGAGGAAACUAAAGUGGCAACUAAUACCACCUCUAAAGAAGCCACUAUUCCGCGGCUCAGUGGCCACUAUAGUAGUUCUAGUCGUCUAGUAUUACCAGUUAGACGUCUGAAGAGGCCACUCAACCGUAAAAACCCUAGAGGGGCUACCAAAAAUUCUCCCAGUGUCUUGAAUGAAAUUGAGAGACCCCUAUAGGGUCCCCUUGAGCUUUACGGGCUAAGGGGUAAGAUCCUAAAAACCUAUAGGGACCACUUUAAUUUUACCCCUAUAGGGACUACUUUAAUUUUAUCUCUAUAGAGACCGCUUUAAUUUUAUCCCUAUAGGGAGCCCUUUAUCGGCCUCUAUAGGGGUUUUUUUUCAUUUCUAACCCCUAUAGAGACCACUCUGGAAUUCCUAAUAAAGGCAUUUUAUUUAUUUAUUUUUUUUCUUGUGAAAAGGUCUCUAUAGUCUUUGUAUCUUCAAACAAGAAAAUUUAGAUUUUCCUACAAAGCGAUCUUUUUUUGUCGCAAUGAAGUUCUUUCCAGACAUCUACAUCUCGUGCUGCUCGAACACGAACAUGGUGACGCCGAAAGGCUGGUACGUGGCGAUGGUCUCGACGACCGUCGAGACGGCGAAUCCGGAGGCCGAGGUCCUUCCCGGCCUCCAGCUGCUCGGCCCCAUCGCCGAGAAGUUCAUCUCCGUCUCGGACGUCUUCGAGCCCGCCGACCUGGGCAGCGAGUCGCAGAUCUUCAUCUCGCGGUCCUACGAUCCCACUUCUCACUUCAUGACCACUUGCAAGGUGCUUUCAAAAAAAGGAACUGUAGAAGAAUUGAUGAUUCAUCCAUCUCUAACUAAACUCUGAUAUGGUGCUCUAGCUCUUGCGAAAAAAGUUCUCUUGGAUAUUCCGAAGCUGAUUUGACGAUCCAAGGGAUCCCUCUAGGGGUGCUAGGUUUUCUUCAAUUUAAGUCACCGCUUUUCCUCAAAUUUCUUUAAGAAGCUUUAAAAAGCCUAGAAAAUCAUUGAUUCCAUCAUAACUGGAGGACAGAAAGAAGAGAAAUUUAGAUUUUUGAGGUGAAAAUUGAUAUAGCCCAUCCAUAGAUAGCUUCUAAAAACGAGAUUUAUCGCGAAAAAUGAGCGAAAAGCCGUACUUUGAAGAAAAUUAUCGCUGGAGCGCACUUGUAUACUUUAUUGAGCCUUGAACUCGAAAAAUUCGAAAUUCUGAUGAAUAUGUUUUUGCUCUUAGAGUAAAGUUCUUCAUUGUAAAAUCAAAAAAAUACAAAUAAUAUUAUCGAAUUUUUCAACCUUUUCACCCAAAAAGAACUUGGUUCAACUACUAUGUGAAAGUUUCCAGGACGUUCUGGAGAUUUUCGCCCGCGGCACGACUCAGGAGUUUGACUUUGGCAAGAUCACCCACUUGAGCCUCCAGGACAACGAAUAA